UCAGAGUUGUUACCUCCGAAUGUGCUCCACAGUCUUGCAGACUGAGUGAAAAAAAAACGUAUUUUGCCAAAUAAUGAAACCAUAAGCGAUGCAUAAUCUAUGUGUGUUUUCACCCACAGGUGCAGCUUACUAUGACAAUGUGAGGCCACUGGCUUACCCCGACUCAGAUGCAGUGCUCAUUUGCUUUGACAUCAGUCGUCCGGAGACACUGGAUAGUGUGCUAAAAAAGUGGCAAGGGGAGACGCAGGAGUUCUGUCCUAACGCCAAAGUGGUGCUGGUCGGCUGCAAGUUGGACAUGAGGACGGACCUCAACGUUAUGCGAGAGCUUUCCAAGCACAGACUCAUUCCUGUCACCCAUGAACAGGGCACUACUCUGGCGAGGCAGAUUGGCGCUGUGGCCUAUGCAGAAUGCACCUCUAAGUACUCAGAGAACAGCGUCCGUGACGUCUUCCACGUCACCACCCUGGCGUCUGUGUCCAGCAUCCCUCGUCCCCAGCUCAAACGGGCCGGCUCACGGUGCGGCCUCAAGCGCAUCUCGCAGCAGCCUCCUCGGACUGAGAUUCACGAGCACCCGCCUGCCAUCAGAAAGGACCGGGCCAAGAGCUGUGUGCUGAUGUAGGACCGGAGCUCAGAGAUGUGUGUGUGGAUGGACGCAAACUGAACUGCACAUGAAACUUAUUUAUUGGUGAAUUCUUGUUAGAUCAUUGCACUGCAUUUAAGGACAAUGUGGUAAAAACAAGAAUGAAACAAUCUCAUGGAGAUUCUAGAGGGGGUUGUUUGUCCAUUUUCAGCAAAGCUUUGCUUGUUAUUUUUCUUUGUGGCUGUGUUUUCGUCAGGGGAGGCCACCACGGUGGCCAAAGUUGUUUAUCUUCAGAGCUUUUACUUGAACAAGGGGACAAAAACUGCCUGGUUUGCAAAUGACACCUGAAACUGAAUGAAAAAACCUAGCGAGUUUGGUGGUCAAAGGUAAAACUAAGUCAUGUGAAAGAUGCGUCUGCAGGAAGCAGCAGUAACACCUCUGUGUAACUGUUCUCACCUCUGUUAUCGUUUCCUGUUUACAAUGCGGUUCUGUUAUCAUGUGUUUAGAUAAAGCACAACACGAAAGCCGAUUGAAGAAAUCUGUAAAGAUCUGGAAGUGAACUUUGCGUUUACACUUCACGUGAUGCAUUUAAAUGAAAAUCUGGUCCGACAGAAAAUUUAACUCAUUUUCCUAAACCAAAAGUGCAUUUAACUAAAAAGAAAACCUCAUAGGCAACAAACUAUAAAUAACACUGACAUGUUGUGCAAUUAAUACUGUUCUAAAAAUCCAUAAUCGGAGGAAAAGUUUCGGAAAGCAUUAAGGAGAUGCAUAUUAUGUUGUUCAUGUGAAAUGAUGAAAUAAUAAAAUGAAAUAAAUAUCUGCUAUGAGUUGG